AUGUGGUCGUGUAGGUGCCCGAAGAUGUCGUGCGUGUAUCUGCAUGCCAAAGUCACGGCCUGGUCAGACUGGUGUGGACUGGACAAAAAAGAAACCUUUUUCCCCUGGCCUAUGGGAUUUCUGGGUCUCCCGGCCUCUCCAUCCCUUCUAGCCGCUUCUUUCUACUCCACUGGCCUCGGCCUGGACAUCUGUCCCUCUGCAUUUGUCUCUCUGCCGUGGCUGGCCCGCUUCCUACUGGCCGGUGGGGACGGUAAUUUCUGUUGA